AUGAUGCCAGCCAACAAGCCUAACGGGCCGAUUCGGAGCGGGGCGGAACGUGUCGAAGAAAAUCCCCUCUUCGGCGACAACCAGCAAGCGCCUGCCUACGUGUCGCAAAGUCUAACCGUGCUGCAAUCAGCUUACAGGUAGUGACGCGGGACAGUACAACUUUAUUCGUUAGUUCCAAAGCCUGAAUCUUCCACGCCACCUACUCACCCCCGCCCAUCAAGAUUCUACAACACCUUUUCCACCCAAGCGCGGUCAUGUUCUGGUAGCCAGGGGACCCUACCUCCUGGCCUUACCA